ACUCGGACCGCGCGGAGCGGAGCUCAGUCCAGCUUGUGAAUUCGCCUUAAACGAAGUAAAUGACACCGAUAUGGAGUUACGCGUUAUUUCGAGAGGAUUCAUUUGCGACACCCAUGGCUAGCCGAGUAAGAUGUCCGACGCAGUCUUGCCACCUCUGGAAGGACCGUCCCGCGAUUGAGGUGCUGGGCUGCCAGGAUCUUCCGGUGCCGUCUCGCGAGCCGUGAAAAGAAGGAUACGCGCAUCCCAGAGUGUGCCUCCCCGCGUCCCGCGCGUCGCCCGUGUGGGCUGGCAGAGAGAGAAGGAGAGAGCGCGCGCAUGCGCGCGCAGACGGUUCCCGCAUAGGCGCGCUCGCGAGGUCAGCCCUCUCUGAGCGCGUGUGUGUGCGCGACCCGAGUGGCCGCGCAUGUUCCUGUGUGUGUGUACGCGCGACUCGCCAGAGUGCGGAGCGCUCGGCUCGGCUCGGCUCGUUCUCGCGGUGGGACAGUUCUCUGGAUAACGGACCACAGGAGCAGCCGCGCAACGGGCCAGCGUUUUCUAGAAGCGGCGGAUCCGAGCCGUCGCGCUCGACCUCUCGCGAGGAGUCCCUCCUCGGUGUGUUCCACGGCCAAAAUGGCGGCAAUCAGCGGUGCGAGUGGCGCCGAGCGGUAGACGAGGAUCACGCACCGCGCGUGCCGGACACGUUCGCGUUUGUUUUGAUCGCGCCCUGGGCCCUGCACGGACUACCCGAGGCUCAGUGGACCCGCCACGAGGUGCCGUCGUCUCCGAGGCCGUUCCUCGAGCUGACCCGCGUCGCUCGCCGCAGCCGGCCAAGGCUCCCCGAGGACGACCGAGGGUGCCCGACGGGUCGUCCCUAAACCGCCCCUGAACCGCUCGUCGGUCGGCCGCGAUGCCUCAGCCAACCUGCGCCUCGCUGACCUAGGCGACACUCGGCGCCCUGCGAGCGCACCUUGCCGAGCAGCGACCUAGUCGUCGUAUCGCUCCAAACGUUGUUUUACAUCUCCAACACAUUAAUUUGUUACGAUGAAGAUCGACCGAUCAAGUAAAUUAAAAAAGUGUACAUCCGAAGUGCCUGCAGAAUGUCAGGCGCUUAUCAGCAAACUGCGCUCCUGCUCUCAUGCGGAGUUGCUAGAAGAGCUGAAACAAAUAGAUGCAUGGACCUUUGGGAAGUGCGAACUGUUUCACUGGAUCGAUGUCCUCGAUCUCAGCGACAGUAUUUUGGAAGAAGCUGCCACGAGAAGCCCGCACAAUCCAUGGGAACUGGCAUGCGAUCUUCCACAAAACAGAGACGCAAAAGAGCUGUUGCUCUGGGUCCUUCACUUCACGACGCUAUUGAUUGAGCAUUCGUUUUCCCGACACUUGUACAACAGCAUGGAACAUCUGAUUACUUUACUGUCAAGUUGUGACAUGCACGUUGUUCUUGGCGUUUUAAGUCUUUUGUACAUGUUCAGUAAGCGUAGUAAUUUCAUCACACGUUUGAACAGUGAUAAGCGGCAAGCUUUGCUCAGCCGAUUGACUCACUUAGCAGAGAGCUGGGGUGGCAAGGAAAAUGGCUUUGGCCUAGCAGACUGUUGUAAAGAAAAUCCAGAUAAGCCAUUUCCUGCCAGUGCCACAACACUGCACUUUGAGUUCUAUGUUGAAAAUGUAACGACAGAAGCGUCAAACAAUGCUGCUGGAACUUCUAGCACAAGAAAGACGGGUCAGACGAACCUUGUAACUUAUAUACACAUCGAAGGAGUGGAUAAGCUUAAUAAAACCCCUGCUGAGAUUAUGAAUGACUUACUGAAAGUAUAUAAUGUACCCGAGGAUCGACAAAUGGCCCUUCUGACUCACAUAAGACUAGCACACAGUUUCUCCGACUACCGUAGACGACUUCAAUGCGUGCAAGCUCGUCUUCAAGCACUUUCCAUACUUGUAUACAGUAAUGCGUUGCAAGAAAAUGCGCAUAAUCUUUUGCACGCCGGCAUCCUCGAAGAACUGGUAGAACUAUUAGAACUUCCACAUCCGCACCUCGUUGAGAUUCGCGCUGCUGCGCUACGUACCCUCACGAGUAUUAUUCACCUCGAUCGGAAUCCACACCUCCCAAAAAAACCUGGUUCUCGGUUGAACAUGAUUAUUGACGUCACCGGGGCGAGUUCGUACCAUGGGUUCCUUCCCGUUCUCGUACGAACUUGUAUAACAACUUUAACCUCACCUCAACCGGAUGGGCAACCAUUCCCGCUACCCCUUGCAACGGCACUCUUCAGUUUUUUAUAUCACCUAGGCAGCUACGAAGCAGGAGGCGAAGCUCUAGUUAGCUGUGGGAUGAUGGAAAGUCUUUUGAAAGUGAUCAACUGGCCUGGAAGCGAGUUGGAACACAUCACGUUUGUCACACGAGCUGUAAGAGUCAUAGAUUUAAUAACGAAUAUAGAUAUGCAAGGAUUUCAAGCACACGGAGGCUUGAAUAGUUUCAUAAAUAGGCUGGACAUGGAAGUGAACGUCUGCAAAAAGGAGCAACCUUACGAGAUAGAGCCUAGACAGCUCGCACAACAGGACGUUCCGUUGCCUGGGCGAUACAACAAACCCUCGGAUGUCGACGACGAUUCAGGUUCAUCGAAACGCUCUAACGAAGCCUUUGAUGAACGAGAAGAGUCCUCGAAUCCCAUGGAGCUCUCUGAAGACGAGAAUAUGAGCUCGAAGGCGGACCAACUGCCUGAGUAUUCCGCAGCGAAAACGGGAAAGACUUGCUUGCCCCAGCGAGCUGCGUUGCUGAAAUCUAUGCUGAAUUUCUUAAAGAAGGCUAUACAGGAUCCGACAUUUGCGGAUACUAUACGACACGUCAUGGAGGGCACGCUGCCGUCUUCUUUGAAGCAUAUCAUCAGCAACACGAAGUACUACGGGCCGUCUCUCUUCCUUCUCGCUACCGACGUCGUCACGGUCUACGUUUUCCAAGAGCCCUCCUUACUGUCAUCGCUUCAGGAUAAUGGGCUAACCGAUGUCGUGUUACAUGCUCUGCUCAUUAAAGAUAUUCCUGCCACUAGAGAAGUAAUAGGAUCCUUGCCCAAUGUGUUCAGUGCGCUGUGUCUAAACCAACGUGGUUUGGAAUCUUUUUCUAAGUGCCGUCCUUUCGCGCGCCUCUUCAAGGUCCUCCUGUCACCUGCCUAUCUGUCAGCUAUGCGUAGGCGCCGUAGUGCCGACCCGGCCGGUGACACAGCCUCGAAUCUAGGAAAUUCUAUGGACGAGUUGAUGAGGCACCAACCUAGCCUGAAAGUCGACGCGAUCGUAGCUCUUGUAAAGCUCCUAGAAGAGCUCUGUGUACUGGGCUGCGAUCCUCGAUACGUGUGCUGGAGAGCCGCCAAUAAAUCCGAGAAUUCACCUUCGAGUUCGAGUUCUAGCAGUCGCCAAUCCUCCGGCCAAUCCGUGGGUGUAGGUGUCGGAGAUACCGGAGGCGGAGGAGGUGGCGGGGGCGGAAGUAGCAGCGACGAGGAGGAAGAGGACGAAGAGGAAACCAGCACAAGCUCCCACCCUCAGCGCGAGGAACAACCUUCUCCUUCCCCGGCCCAACCAGGUCCUCCACCGCAACCUAGGGAGAAAACGCCGAUUGCAUUGAUCGACUACAUUCAUAACGUCAUGAAAUUCGUGGACGCGAUAUUAAGCAACAACUCGACGGACGACCAUUGCAGAGAAUUUGUCGCACAGAAGGGACUGGUACCUCUGCUGUCGAUCUUGGGAUUGCCGAACUUGCCGGUUGAUUACCCUGUCGCCCAGGCUGCGCAAGCGGUCGCCUCGGUGUGCAAGAGCAUCCUGAAUCUCGCUCACGAACCUUUAGUCUUGAAGACCGGAUUGUCCCAGCUGAACGAAGUUCUCAAUUUGCUGAAGCCGCUUCACAGUCACGUAGACUCUCCAGGUGGCUCGGUUUUGUUACACGAGCUUGCUUCUGCACCGAACCUUGAAACCGCUUUCACCAGCGAUACGGCAACUCCUUUGUUGCACGCCAUGAACGCUGCACACGGUUACGUGGUAAUGUUUGUCCACGUUUGCCGUACCAGCCAGAGCGAGAUUCGAAAUCUCUCCAUGAACCACUGGGGAUCCGAAUUGGGUCUCACGGUUCUAAAAGGCUUGUCCGAAUUGUACAUGUCUCUUGUUUGGGAAAGCACGCUUUUAUUAGCCCUCUGCAGCGAUGACAUCAUACCUGCUGGCUGCGACUUUGGUAAAGAAGAUAUGGACAAGUUGGUGCCUCCAGAGCUGCGGACUGAUGGAGAGUCCUCUUCCUGGUCCGGUGCUACUUCCUCGGACAUGGGCAGCAACGGCAUGACGACAGCUAUGGAAGCGCUCAGCACCGAUCCUCCUCCUGUAUCAAUGGAGUCAUCCUUACAGGUGGACGACAAACCGAGUACGAGUACUGGAAGGAUAUCCCCCAGUGCGCACCAACUGAAGUAUAUCAAACCUCUUCUUGGGGCCUCAUCCAGACUCGGGAGGGCAUUGGCGGAGUUGUUUGGUCUACUUGUUAAGCUAUGUAUGGGAUCUCCCAUAAGGCAGAGACGCGGGCACCAACUUCAUGCUCCACCAACUCUUCCGUCACAAGCUGCUCGUAGUGUGGCAACUGCGCUUAAUUGUUUGUUAACGCGUGGCUUAUCCUGGGAUAAACUUCCACCAUCACCAAUUCCUAAAUUCAAGCUCACAUUUUUAAUCUGCUCCGUGGGCUUCACCUCGCCCAUGCUCUUCGAUGAAAAACGACAUCCGUAUCAUUUAAUGCUGGAGAAAUUCGUUAAGCUAGGAGGUCAAAAUGCAUUCUUUGCGACGUUCCGAUGGGCAUUGUCCGGAGGGGGUCAAUUUCCUCUAUCGGAGGGGUUAGAGCAUCCAAAUUUGCCUGAUGGAACGGGUGAAUUUUUGGACGCUUGGUUGAUGCUCCUUGAAAAAAUGGUAAAUCCCAAAGCUAUCUUAGACUCACCGCACGUGGUGCCUUCCAAGUGUAUUGGCAUAUGCAAAGUGUAUGAAAUCUUCGACCCCAUAAAAUAUCUCACCGAUAUACAUAAGAAAGCGUUCGAGGCUGUGAUGCUCAUGUGGGGAAAGAAACCGCUGAAGAACUACGGUGCACGCAUGACGGAGUCCAUUCUCUCGAUUUUACGACACAUCCUGCGUGGCGAAAAGAUCAUUAAAGAACGUUUGGAGAAAGAGGAGAGUACAGAAACAGCAGCUGGAGGAAGUGGAACCACUGCGGUAGCUCGAAGCGGAACGAGCACGGAACGUAGAGAAGAUCUGGAAGUUGACGUGAAUCCCGAACAUCUUCGACAGCUGAUGGACAUGGGCUUCAGUAGGGCGCAUUGCGUAGAAGCUUUAAUGCACACACUCACGGUUGAACAAGCUACCGAUUACCUGCUUAAUAAUCCAGCUACGUCACGUCGCUCGGACGCACCUGCAGUUGACAUCAGUGUUCAGGGUCUGUUGAUGGACCUAGAAUGGGGUGACGAUGACCAAAUAAUGCAUGCCAUCGUGAUGUCACUCGGUGACACCGAGGCGCGUAAAUUUGCUGGUCCGGAGGAACCUACGAGGGAAAUUACCACUACUAAAAGCAUAGACGAAUUCACGUACAGCGCUUUUAAGCAGUGCCUAAAUCUCUUGGAUCUCAUGCCAGAUACGGUGUAUCGGAUUUGUGAUCUGCUCGUCACUAUUACCAAGAGGAAUGGCGACGAGUGGCGUGACACCAUGCUGCGGCUAUUGAUACGAGAGAUCGGAAGUUUAGUGGACUAUCUGAUCGGCAUAGCCAAAAGCGAGGAUGAAAAUGCCGGCGUCCGAUUGGUGGAAUGCGAAGAAGCCAGCAAAGUCGCUGGACGCAUCUACCUCUACACGCUAUUUUUCGAGGGGACGUUCCAGGAGAUGCGAGUACCUUGUGCCCAGAUCGUCGAAGAGUACGCGAUUUUGGACAAGCUCGUACGCUUGCUGGUCGUCAGCGAAGGACCCCUCACGGAAAACAAAAACAAAACAGCCAAGGACGUCAAGGAGAACCCUACAGCCACCAAAACUCCAAAAUGGUUGGCCCCGCUCUUGUUACUCAUCGACCGCCUGGAGAAGGUGGCAGUACUUACGCAAAGAAAACAAUUAAUGCACAAAGCUACGAAUCGAGUGUGGAAAUGGUUCGACUUGAGUACCGGUAAAUGGACCCCUUACUCUGUGCCCAACAAUCGACUCAUCAAUGAUGCUUACUGGGCAGGAGAGCCGAGUGUUCGGAUAAUGUGCAGCAGAAGACGGUACUCGGUCACUUUCUCCUGUAUGACUCAAGUCAACGAGGACAGCGACAACAGAAGGCCCAUCACCAUGGGAUUUAAGUCCAGUUCCAAUGGCAGCGAGGACGGAGGUUCUGGGUCCGAUUCCAACAUGGACACCGAAGACAGUCCCACGGAAGAUAAGCGAAAUACUGUGAUACAGGGAUUGGAUCCCAGUAUAGCUCCCAGUAUUAUCAGGGCGUGCGUCAAGCUUCUGGCUAUUCCUGUUGAUCGGGACGCCUUGCACGCACUUAUGAAGGUAUGCUUAAGGUUGACCCGUGAUUACAAGAACGCCGAAGUUUUCGCAAGGGAAGGCGGCGUUCGGUUAUUACUGGACAUGACUCAAGCGAGCAGCUUCAUCGGUUUCAUCAGUCUGAGUACCUUGCUAAUUCGGCACACCCUCGAGGAGCCUCGCACCCUUCGGCUUGCCAUGGAAAAAGUCGUUCGAACGCGGACGCAGAGUAAUAUCCCUCCGGCGUAUAAAGAAAUCCUCUUUAUGACGAGACAAAUAAGCAGCGCCGUCUGCCGGAACCCAGAGGUCUACAGGGAAGUAUGCGAAAACAUUCUCCGAGUAGACAUCGGUGUACUGAAACGCGACGAUGUAGAUAACCGACUAGUCGUGAAGGCUCUGCCACCGAAUCACUCCUCGGCACUUCCGAUGCUGGAGGAGGUAUCGAUCGGCGUGGUUCACGAUCUGCUGAACGCGCUGAUAAAACCGAUGCCCGUGAUACCGGAGGGAAGCUCGACGACACCAACGGGCAGUCCCGAGAAGAAAACCACGCAUCCUACCAUCCCAGCAAACAACGUUUCCAUGUCCUCGACCCCGAGGGGACGCGAGGUUAUCAGAAGCAAUGCCACCACGUCCAACGAGCAACUAGACGACGAUGAUCAAGUCUCCCAGAUUAUACCACUCAAGAUGUACACCGACGUUGGCAACAAGGUGGAGCCUGAAGAGGCGAAGAAACCCCUUUUGCCGAAGUCAGCUAUUCUGAAGAUGCUGGCAGAGGCGGUGCGCUCUUACGGUGCCGUUGCCAAUUUAAUUACGGAGUGCACUUAUCGCGCUGGCCAGAGCGAAAUGAUCACCGAGGACACCACGGCCUUGACUUUCCUUUUGGACAGACUUCUGCCGAUUUUGCCGGAGAACGCGAGCGACCGACAGUGUAGCAGCAUGGCUAGGAUGUUGAUCGCAGCUAUAGCCUCCUGUAAUCAUUCUCCAGACGCCCAGGCUACCUUGGUGACCGAGGUCAAGGCUGCUCUCACGAGGACGCUAGCUCUUCCAGAAUCCGCCGAAAAGCACGCCCAGCUGCAGCUGCUCAUUGGGCUGAUCUCCACGAUGAUAGACAGCUGCCCGCCGACCUCACACACUCAGAUCAGGGCCUCGGUGAAGGUGCACCAGUUCAACAACGUCAACUACAUAGUCAGGAUAAUGCUGAGGAAGGGCAUCAUCACCGACUUGGCCAAGAUCCCGCACAGCCUCGACCUAUCCAGUCCACACAUGGUCGGGACGGUCAAUGCGGCUUUAAAGCCCUUGGAAACUCUCUCUAGGAUCAUCAACCAACCGAUGCCGGGUGCGGUGAACAAUAAAUUCGCCAAGCCGAAGAGCAGGACCGUUCAAGAGGAGCCAAUUGGGGAACAGACCGGGACGACCACUUCGGAGGCGACUCAUGCGGUUGGAGAAGAGACCAACGAGGAUGCCGAGAACACGGAACACGACAUCUCGGUGAACGCCGAAAGUCUGGAGCCGAACUCCGAGAGUCACGUCCACGAAGAGGGCGACGAGGCUGCUCUCGAUGACAUCAUGGAUCAGCUUCUUGAGAGUGCACUCUUUUCUAGGGACCGCUCGACCGUGGCAGAGGAACAGUCUUCUCGUCCACACAGGCCAAUGGACAUUGACGACGAGAGCCUUGCUUUGCGCGAUGCGGAGGGAGAUUUUGACCCAGCUCGGGACACCACAGUAAGAGAGGACUUGAUGAGCUCGGAGUCGGAUUCCGACAGCAACCCGUCCGAUGACAACGAGGACGAAGUGCAGGAUGACGAGGAUGAAGAGGAAGAGGAAGAAGACGACGGGGAGGAAAAUGAGGAGGAGGAAGAGGAAGAGGAAGGCUCCUCAAAUUACGAGGAAGAUGGAAUAGACCUCUAUGAAGAUGUAGAGGAAGGUGUCUAUAGAAUGCUUCCUUCCAACGACCGUGAAGGUGGUAAUGUCGUCAUGAUACAUCACAACCUUGACAACCAGGAUAAUGCAGCUUCCACUCCUGCAUCCACUGGGCCUAUUGUUCCUUGGAUCACCAGUUUUCCUCUGCCUCUCAGUCUUAUCGAAGACUCGACCGCGGUCUCUGAAAAUAAUGCUAUAAGCAUGCACCCGUUGCUAAUGACGAGGAACAACAUAGACGCUAGCUCUUUGUCCUUCUCUAGAGGCCAGCGUGCUCUUCGACAACGCAGAUACCAGUACCUCCAACUGUCCAAUUCACGUAAUCCAAAUCCGCCGAUUAUUUUACAAAGACUUCUAGGCCCAGCUGCACAAACGCUGCCUUUAUCUGCGAGCCAGGUUCUUGCUUCCAGUUUUAGGGACACUCGUGUGUUUCUAAUGGACAAUGGUCAUGGAAUUUUUACGAACCAGGAAGAGGAACAGAUUGAUUUUGUCGAUCAGUCUGGAUACUUGUUCGGGCCCAGCCUUGCAGCUACCUUGAACAACAUCCCAACUGCUCUGCACUGGUGGAUCGAGGAAAGUAAAUUACUGGAUGGAGAUUCACAGCCAGACUGCUGCGUCAGUGUGGUUCAUAAGCUGAUACCAGGACUCGAGAAGCACAGAAACGCGGAACUUGCCGAAAGGAAAGAGAAACGUAAGAAGCAACAUGGGACCGAGAAAGAAUCCGAUAAGGACACGAAGGAGACGAAAGAGCAUACCAACGGUACAGAGGCGGUGACUCCCGCCGUGGUCCCCGUUGAAGAGCAAAGACUCCCGGUAUCCACUUCGGAAAGGAUAUUGGCGGCAUUAUUCCCUUCCACGGAAGCUAGGGUAGAAACGGUGAGAAACAGAAUAGAACCAACUACAGACGAGGAUAUAAUAGAUGUAACUGGAGAAAUGGAAGUUACGGUACAGGACUUUGAGGAACGUCCUCCACCGCCACCACCAGAGGAUCAACAUAACGAAGCGAGAGAUCUUCGUCGAAUGACUCGUUGUGCGAUUCCAGAACUCGCAGAGAGCAUCGUAGAUUCCGUCCUUGGGCCUAAUGAAUCGAUCCUUGCCGGGAAUAACAGACGAUCUACUCUAUCUAUUAUACGCUCAGACGGGGUACGCCAUAUCUCCCCAGAAGAGGAUUCAGAUUUAUCAAGGAUUGCGGAAAAUCGAGCGAAUCCAGCGGAUUGGCUAAGACGACUGAUUUCUGAGGAGAUUCGGGUCGACGCGGAACGAAAUUCCAGUUUCUUGCAUCGAGACCCAAGCUCUUCGUCAUCAGAGAGUAACAACCAAGAACCUUUGGAACAACCACAGCAGCCUCAACAGCAACAGCAGCCGCCGGUGCAGCAGCAACAACAACCAGAGCCACAGCAACAGCAACAACCGCCACAACCACCACCGCUGCCUGAACAACCGCAGCAAUCUCAGGAACAACAAUUGCCAGAUGGAGUUGAUCCUUCUUUCCUGGCAGCAUUGCCAGAAGAAAUGCGCGAUGAGGUGAUCGCUGAGCAGCUGAGGCUCCAAAGGAUCAGGCAGAGAGCACAGGCAACGGUGGUAGAAGAACCUACAGGACCGGUGGAGGUGAACCCUGAAUUUUUGGCGGCUCUACCUCCAUCCAUUCAAGAAGAAGUUCUCGCUCAACAACGGCUGGAACAGCAAAGACAUGCAGCUGCUUCGGCAAACCCUGAAGAUCCCGUAGAUGCGGCGGCGUUCUUCCAAAACCUUCAACCUUCGCUUCGACAAGCGAUAUUGACCGAUAUGGAGGAGUCACAGAUAUCCGUCUUACCUCCUGACUUGGCUCAGGAAGCUCAGCUGUUGAGAAGAGAAUGGGAGGCUCGAAAUCGGCACAUGAUACAGGAAAGGUUCCUUAGUCAUGUCAGUCAGAGCAAUACCGCCUUGUCGAGCAUACUGAGAAAUUCUGGAAGAGGAUCGCGAACUUCUUCGGGACGAGCCCCUUGUACUCGUUACGCCAUUCAAACGGUUCCUCAGAGAGGUCAGUGGAACUCGUGGAAUACCCGAAGUGAAAACGGCAUAGCUCAUCAGGGUGCCGGUCUGAGACUGAGGGGAAGGCAAUUGCUCGAUCACGAGUCGAUGGCUUGUCUGUUGGUUCUACUCUUUGUCGACGAGCCGAAGAUUAAUACAGUAAGGCUUCACCGAGUCAUUAGAAAUCUUUGCUACCAUGGCAGCACCAGGGAAUGGGUGGUCAAAGCUCUGUUGAACAUCAUGGAGAGGAGUAACGACGAAAACAAGGAGAUCGUCAUGGAUUAUACAGGAAAGUUUAAGAAGAAAGGGUCGCACUCUGCCAUUGACUACUGUUCACCGAAAGUAUUCGAAACCCGAAACAACCUGCAGUCGUGGCUGAAUAUCAGCAUAGACGCCGCCUUAGGUUGCAGAGCGAACGUAUUUCACAUCCUGCGAUACGGUGGCAAGAAAUCGGAAAGACAAGGUCCAGUCAUUGCCAUCCAUCCCCAAGCUGCUCCGGCAGUCUGCAGGCAUACCCUGGAACUAUUGAUAUCCUUAGCGAAGAGUUUCCCCGGAUACUUCGUACCUGUAAAGUCGAAGGACGUCGAGGACAGAGAAAAGGAUAAAGACACGAGUUCCGGCAAGGAAGAAGCCGGGGCGAAGUCGAAGUCUGCCUCGAAGACGGGGAAGAGCGACGUGCCCGACUUCUGGGACAUGUUGCUGAGGCUUGACUCCUGUGCCUCGAAGAAAGGGAAAUUCGUAGCAAGGACACAUUCUAGCUCAAAUUUGGGCAGCGAACCUGAACAGAGCGUCACGUCUUUCGAGGCAUCGGCCUUUGGUCAGCUCAUUUCCAUGUUGAACUGGUCCGUGAUCAAACGGAGCAGCCAGCUAACCGACAAGCUCUUGAGACUACUCUCUCUCGUCUCAAUUGGCUUGACCGAGGUGAAUCCUUACCGUCGACAAGAGGGCAACAAGUCCAAAAAGAUCGAGUCGACCAAGGAGCAGAGCGUCACUGCUCCGGAAGGUCAUCUUAGGCUCGCCGUGCAAGUACUUACCAGCAAAAGCUGUUCCGAGGAGGGCCUCGAGGAUGCGACUGCACUCCUUCUCAAUCUCUCCCAUUGUCCUGACUCUACGAGGCAAUUGAUAUUAAAGAUUCUUCUCGAGGGAGCGAUGGAACUGGCGAAUAUGGUUUGCGAACACAUAAAGGAUUUGAUGAUGGAACUAAAGGUACUGAAUCGUGAGCUCAACCGAAGGAACUCCAUCGAAGAGCAACCUUCCACAAGCUCAGGUGGAUCUGGACGUGGAAUUCUUUUGGACAGGUUUACUAAUGAAAGCGUUGUUGUAACGGCUCCGAGCAAGGUUAAGGCUGGAAGCGAUUUGCAACUCCCCUCCAUGGGCGCGUUGGUAAUCAAGACCUCCAGUCAAGCAUUCUUCCUCAGGAUACUCAAAGUCAUAGUACAGAUUAGAGAAGCCGUGCGCAUUGCAAACAAGAAGAAGACAGAAACGAGUCAUACUACCGAAACCGCCAUGGACACCGGGAACGCGAGUCAACCUCAAAGUUCAGGGGGCGAUAAUAACGAGUCUGACACCGUGGCAAUGGAUACCACCCAAGCGAAUGCAUCCAAUUCGAACAAUGCCAAGACAGCCGAGUCUCGUGCUGAUGAAGAUACAACCACGUUACCUUUGCUGAGCGAGAGUUUAGUAUUGGACAACUUGUGGGAGACCCUCAGCGCUUGUCUGCUCGAAUUGGAACACACUUCCGAUCAUCACGCCGUCCUAGUCUUACAGCCUGCCGUUGAAGCCUUCUUCCUGGUGCACUCGUCAUCCAGUACGACGAAAGAACGCAGCGAGACCAACACGGAAUCUCGCGACGUACUUCCGGACUUGGCGCCGGUUUCUCCGAUAUACUCCGACCAUGAAGGCACAUCUCAAGCCGAACCAACAGUGAACACCUCAUGGGACAUCGGUCAUGCGCCUCAAAGGACUCUGCCGCCUGAUCAACUUAAGUUCCUCAAGUUUGCUGAAACGCAUAGAACUGUGCUCAAUCAAAUUCUUCGGCAAACCACCAUGCACUUGGCGGAUGGGCCAUUUUCAGUGCUGGUCGAUCACACCAGGGUUCUCGACUUCGACGUCAAGAGAAGGUAUUUCAGAACGGAACUAGAACGAAUGGACGAGGGGAUUCGAAGAGAGGAGUUGGCUGUACACGUGCGCAGAAGCCACGUGUUCGAGGACUCCUUCAGGGAACUCCACCGAAGGAACGCGGACGAAUGGAAGAACCGAUUCUACAUAGUGUUCGAAGGCGAGGAAGGUCAAGACGCUGGAGGUCUCUUGAGGGAAUGGUAUGUCAUCAUCUCGAGGGAGAUCUUCAAUCCCAUGUACGCACUUUUCACGGUCAGUCCUGGCGAUCGCGUCACGUACAUGAUCAAUUCGUCCUCGCAUUGCAACCCCAACCACUUGUGUUACUACAAAUUCGUGGGGCGAGUCAUUGCCAAAGCAAUCUACGACAACAAACUGCUGGAGUGCUACUUCACGCGAAGCUUUUACAAGCACAUACUAGGAAUCCUCGUUAAGCACACCGACAUGGAGAGUGAAGAUUACAGUUUCUACAAAGGCCUCGUGUACCUCACUGAGCACAACAUUUCGGAACUCGGAUACGAACUCACAUUUUCUGCGGAGGUUAACGAGUUUGGUGUCAACGACGUGCGAGACCUAAUAUCAAACGGUCGCAAUAUUGUCGUCACCGAAGAGACCAAGCUCGAGUACAUCAGGCUGGUAUGUCAGAUGAAGAUGACAGGAGCUAUUCGCAAGCAGCUGAACGCGUUCCUCGAGGGCUUCUACGACAUCAUUCCCAAACGAUUGAUCUCCAUCUUCAAUGAGCAAGAACUCGAGCUGCUGAUCAGCGGACUGCCCAACGUCGACAUCGAGGACCUCAAGACCAACACGGAAUACCACAAGUACAGCCCGACGUCGUUGCAGAUCCAAUGGUUCUGGCGUGCCCUACGAGGCUUCGACCAGGCGGACAGGGCGAAGUUCUUGCAGUUCGUGACGGGUACAUCGAAGGUCCCUCUUCAAGGAUUCGGUGCGCUGGAAGGAAUGAACGGCGUGCAGAAGUUCCAAAUCCACCGGGACGACAGGUCGACCGACCGACUGCCUUCAGCCCACACCUGCUUUAACCAACUGGACCUGCCAGUUUACGAGACGUACGACAAGUUGCGCAGUAAUUUGCUGAAGGCGAUACACGAGUGCAGCGAGGGAUUCGGAUUCGCCUAAGCCCCGUGGUCCAGGGGCAGCUCGGUCGUGCAAAUCGCAAACGGACACCGUGGUUGACAUAAUCCGGUCGUUUUCCUCGAGCCCGGCGACUCGUGAGUACGGCGGCAUCUCCCUGACUGUCGAGGUCCUCCGCGUGUCACGGCAAUUCGCUCCGAAGGACACGGAGAGAGGAGGCUGCAGAGCAAGGAAACCCGCGGGAGAGAUGCGCGACUCGUUGCAUGCUCGGUCCUCGCCUCGCCUCGCUUCUAGAGGGUCAGAGAGAGAUAGAGAGAACGAAGGAUGAAGAGAGAAAUCGAGAGAGAGAGACAGAGAGAGAAAGAGAGACACUUUAAUAUCCAUAAGCUACUGAAUCAAUAUAUACAUAUAAAUACACGCGCAUAUGUAUAUACAUAUAUCUCUAAGUAUGGUGUAAUUACUAAAGAUAACUUUCGAAUGCUACCCAACGUUAGAGUUUAUUUUGUUGAGAGACCGAGCGAGCAAGGGAGAGAGAAAGAGAGAGAGAGAGAGAGGAGAUAUCUCGAAGUGGGUGACCGAGCUUAACGAUAAUUCCCAACAAGGCGCGGAGGAUGUGAAAACGAGCGAAGUGAGGAGGCAGUUAAUGAAAGCUAAACGCGUAAGGUUACGGAUACAUUUCAUAUGUAAGUGUACUCUAGAUACGAUUUUUAGUAUGUUUAAGGGAUACGUAAAGCGGCAGCGAAUAGACCGGAAGAGGCGGAGAGAGAGGGAGAGCGAAAAACGGGAAGGGAAAUUGUAAUAUACAUCACUUCAGACUGGUCAGCUAGAAGUUGCGACCGGUCCGAUAAUUAAUAGCGUCGCGGGAAUGCCCGUGGAUUUCACACGAGAGAAAGAGAGAGCGAGAGAGAGAGAAAGGAGUUAACGGCGGAGAGAGAUACGAAGCGACAGAGAGAACGCGUGUGCCUGUGUGCGUGUCUGUCCGAUUUGCGUGAAAGCGCGAGUGUGACGCGAGGCAGAGACGGGGAAGACGUAGAAAUCUAGAGCGAGAUACAGUGAAAUGAGCCUAAUUAAAUCGAUCGCUAUGCAAACGGUGUUACCUUGUCCCUCCUCUUUCCUUCCCUCGAGAGAUGUGUAUGGUUGUAUACUAUUACGAAUAAUUUUAACUAAUUUUUAAUUGCUAGCGGUGAUCCUUAAUUAUUAUCAUUUUAAUAUUAAUCAUUCGAAAUGUGAUGUUAAAGACGUGUAAUUUCUUUGCCCUCUUGAAGUCUAACUAAAUAAAGUUUACAGUUGAACCGA